GACCAGACAGGCUGUGGGUGCGGCAGAGGGGCCGGAGAGGAGGGGCCAGAGCGGAGGACAUCUGUGGGACGAGAGCGGGUGCAGACUCAUGGUCAUCACACCUCAUCGGGAUGGAGCCACAGGGCAGAGGAAGCUCCCCCACACCACCGUGCAGAGGCUCCUGAACUGGGGGCUGCCGGCCCCCUGUGGCCGACUCCUGCAGCGCCAGCCCGGAGAGUUUCCGGUCACUGCUUUCCUGCUGGGGGCAGGCACUGGAGGGCUCCUGGCCAUGGGUCUCUUUCAGCUCCUGGUGAACCCCAUGAACAUCUAUGAGGAUCAGAAGGUGGUGACAUUGUACAGCCUGGUGGGCUUGGGGGCCGUGGGCUGGGGGACCUCCCCUCACAUCCGCUGUGCCAGCCUCCUGCUGGUACCCAAGAUGCUGGGCAAAGAGGGCAGGCUCUUUGUGCUGGGGUACGCCUUGGCUGCCAUCUAUGAGGGACCCGCGGCCAAUCUGCGGCGCAAUCUCAACGAGGUGGUGGCCUCGCUGGGCUGCACGGUGGAAUUGCAGAUCAACAACACGAGAGCGGCCUGGCGCGUCUCCACCGCCCCACUGCGCGCGGUGUUCAAGGGCCUGCUGGGCAGCAAAGUUUCACUGAAAGCCGAGACUCAGAACCUGUCCAAGGCCUUCGAGGACCUGGAUGCCCAGGUGAACAGCGAGAUGGGCUACAGCCCCCAGGACGCCGAGAGCCCAGAGGGGACGGCCCGGGGCGUGGGGACCCACCGAGCCCCACCUUCCGGGCGCCGUCUCUCCACACAGAAGAUGUACGAGCUGAAAACCAGGCUGCGCUGUUCCUACGUGGUGGACCGGGCCAUGCUCAGCUGCCGCCGCUGGUUCGACCGAAAGCACAAGCGGUGCACGGAGCGCGUCCGGGUCCCGCUGCUCAACCACCUGCUCUGCCUGCCCAUGAAGUUCAAGUUCUUCUGCAGUAUCGCCAGGGCGAUGGAAGUUUGGUGCCGCAGUCGCAUCCCAGUGGAGGGCAACUUCGGGCAGACCUAUGAUUCCCUCAACCGGUCUGUCCGCGACCUGGAAGGGGAAUUUUCAGCCACAAUUGACCUCAAGGAAGAGAAGCAGGUGGCGGUGCUGGGCCUCAACACGAGCUGGGAGCACGUGAGCGCCGAGCUGCGGGACCUCGUCCGCCGCCAGGAGGCCCAGCUGGGGUGGACCCUGGGGCUGCUGCGUGUGCUGCUGUCCUGCACCUUCCUGCUCGUCCUGCACGCGUCCUUCUCCUACGUGGACAGCUAUAACGGGGACAUCCGCUUCGACAACAUCUACAUCAGCACCUACUUUUGCCAGAUCGACGAACGCAGGAAGAAGUUGGGCAAGCGGACUUUGCUGCCGCUCCGCAGAGCCGAGGAGAAAACCGUCAUCUUCCCCUGCAGUCCCUUCAUGCAGGCCUCGGAGAUGAGAAACGUGGUGAGGGAGCUCGCAGAGACUCUGCCCGUCCUGCUGCUGCUGCUGGUGCUGUGCGGCCUGGACUGGGCUCUGUACUCCGUCUUCAACACCAUCCGCCAUCACUCCUUCCUGCAGUACUCUUUCCGCAGUGAGCCCCGCCCGGCCCCUGGGAAGUCCCCCGCCCCACCCCCGCAGCCACCCCACCUGACCUCAUCCAGUGUUGUCACCUCCUCCUGUGUCUCACCCCUCCCUGGCCAUCUCAGGGUCAAAUCUCAGCCCUGCAAUCUGACGGAGGGGGCCUCACCUCAGCCCCCUUUACAUCCGCGACAGGGAGGGGUUAGCGUUCAGUGAAGGGAUGAAAGUCCCGCGCUGCAGAGGAUUUCUGUGCCUUGAACC